AGGCAUAGCAAUAUUCAUAUUUAGCAACAACAACAACAACCUUUACCAAGGAUGUUUUUUUCCGUUAUGUAGACUAAAAGAAUGAUGAAAUGUGUGCCAUGUUUAAUCAAAAAGACACGGCUGAAAACACUGGACUGUGAUGUACAGGAUGUGGCCAAGUCUCUCUGGAUGUACGGCAGACGGUGAAGACGGGGCAGACUUUGUGAAUCCCACACAUCAAACCUCCUCAACCCAUCCAUCGACUGGCUGUCUGAAUCCAAUAUUUUCCUCUUGAGAUGAUUAAGUAUUUAAAUUCACAAAAUAAUGUAGCAAAAAGCUUAGCCUUGGAGAUAUUUGACCUCUUUUAACCCCAUCUUGCAUGGGUCCGGUGCAUUUUCAGUCUUCAUUUUGGAUGGGGCUGAGCACAACACUUAAGUUCACACUCAGUUGUAAAUUAUUAGACCAAUGUGCCGUGUUUGCCCCCAGUCAGUUAUCCCAGCUGUGCAAUCACUUCAGCUUUCUGUUGUAUGUUUGAAGUGAUUUGAUAGACCAUCAAGUCCAUCAGAAUGAACGGCUCUCUUUUAACCCCGCCCAGCCCGCGGGCAGCAAACUCCUCUCCUUUACCUCCCUCACCCUCUCCGUCUCCUUCCCCUCCAUCUCCCUCUUUGCUGCCGCUCUCCCCCCGGCCACCCCCUCUGCCCCCUCUGGUGAGCCCUCCCCCCCAGGCUCACCCAUCUUCCCUGUCAGACACCCCCACACCGUCCCCAUCGCCUUGCCUGAGCUGGACCGAAUUCUGUGAGCUCCAUGCCCGCGUUGCAGCCGGUGACUUUGCACGCCACUUUCGGGCUUUUCUCCUGGAAAACCCCCACUACUCCCCAGAUUCAGCGGCUGCCUUCUGCCGGCGCUUCACUGACCGUUUCGUUCGUCACUUCCAGAGUGAGUUGGAGGGGGCGCUCCCGCCGAGCUGUGCUUCUGGGAGGGAGGACAUGGCGAGCUGGGCUCCCCAGUCAGACGCGACUUCCCUGGAAGAGGAAGCAGUCUCACCCCUGUCAGUGUCUGGGGGAGCUGUCCUCCCAUGUCCCCCGAUUAACACUACACGGGCCUUAUCCAAGCCUGCGCCGGCACGGCUGGUGUUGGAGAACCGCAGUGGGGACAGGUUUCAGGAUUCUUACGCCCACAGCCAAGUCCUGCCUCCAUCCUCAUCGUCGUCAUGCUGCUCCUCAGUCGGAGGAAACAAUGGGAGACGUGAGGAGAGGGGGGCCAUGAUUGUCCCUGGGAAUGGGGAAGCACCGGUUGAGGAAGAGGAGGACAGCUGGUUAGGGGUAGCGUCUGUGGGGGAAGACGUUGAGCCAGAGGAGCAGGAAGCAGAGUCUGCAGAGGUGGACAGUGCCGACCCCUCCUACACUCCUCAGAUUCCACCCUCCUCUUCCUCGGUCACUCCUCCGCCCGACUCCAAAGGUAACAGUACGCCCAACUCCUCCAAAAACAAACUCAAGAAGCGCUUCUCUCUGCGGAGUGUGGGUCGUAGUGUGCGGGGGAGUGUCAGGGGCAUCCUGCACUGGCGAAGCUCCUCCAGUGACUCGGCCCAGAGCCAGCUGCCCUCUAGCUACAGCUACACUAUGGGUGUGCAGGACGCCACCUUGGUUUCAACCUCAAAGAGGAACUCUGGUACACAGCCUCCCACACCCACCUCCUCCAUGCCUGUAUCCCUGUCCAUGCCCCUCUCCCUUCCCCACUCCUCCUCCUCCUCACUGCCCCCCUCAUCUUCAAGCAGCGCCACCUCGCUGUCUCUUUCGGAGGCCGCUCGGGAUCGCCGGCGGAGCAAUGGUGAAGGAGGUGAGAAGGAGAAGUGGAGCCAUCGUCUGGAAAAACUCAGACUGUCACGAUCCCCUCCUCCUGUCCUCACCCCGACCACCACCGGCCCUCACUCCGCCUCCUCCACGCUGCCUCCAAGCAGCGCUGCCGCAGCAGCCAUGGGACCUCCAAGGAAGGUGGGCCGGCUGGUGCGGGAGGGCGGGGUGACUGUUAGCUCAUCCAGUGAUGAGUUGAGCGGAAGCCACGGCUUUUCCGGCUUCUCGUUCGGUCUACUACAUCACGGUACAGACAACAACAACGCCGCCUCAGCGUCAUCUGCUGCGGCUCAGGCAGGUCAGGUGCAGCCUCUGGCCAGCGGAGGGAACGUGCCAUGGAGAGGAGGACGCUGGCACAAGUGUCGCCUGGUCCUCAGAGAGAGGGACAGAGAAGGUGGUGAGCGAGGAGAGGAGUACUACUUGGAAUUCUUCAUUCCACCUAAAUCAUCGAAGCCCCGGCUCACAGUCCCUUGUUGCUCAAUCGUGGAUGUGAGAAGCACCACAGCGCUGGAGGUACCUGACAAGGAGAACACCUUUCUGCUGCAGCUGGAAGGGUCGGCGCAGUACGUGAUCGAGACUCGUGAUGCCGUACAGAUGAGGGCCUGGCUGAGUGACAUCAGGAAUGGCAUCUGUCUUAGUGAACAGGAAGAUACUGAAGGUGUGUGUGUUGGCCCGUUGGAUAUCAGUGGGACGCCCGAGAUAGUUGACCGUCUUUCACAAGUGUGUUAUGGAGGAAUCGGAGGCUCCUCACCUCUAAUGGAUCCUCUCCCACCGGAGCUGCCCCCUCGAGCCCCUCUCGAUGAACCAGACAGUCGGAUCCUUGGCGGAGGCGGCGCUAGUCUGGGCACACCUUUUGCUGAGACGCCAGACGCCACAGGAUCCUUCCUGUUCUCGGAGGUGACGACCGCAGAGGCUGUAGAGCACCCGCUCAGCGAGUGUCAGUGGUUCCACGGCACACUGUCCCGUCUCAAAGCUGCUCAGCUGGUGUUAGCUGGAGGCCCUGCGAGCCACGGUGUCUUCCUGGUUCGCCAGAGUGAGACACGGCGAGGAGAAUAUGUCCUCACCUUUAACUUCCAGGGCAAGGCCAAGCACCUCCGCCUGUCCCUGAAUGAGGACGGUCAGUGCAGAGUGCAGCACCUUUGGUUCCAGUCCAUCUUUGACAUGUUGGAACACUUCCGGGUGCACCCGAUCCCCCUGGAGUCCGGCGGCGCCUCAGACGUCACUCUCAUCAGCUUUGUGGGCGCCACUGCUGUUCGCCAGCCAGACUUGACCAGCAGACCCCGUAGCCCUCCUCAGCCUCCUCCGCUGCCGCCGGGCCGGCCGCCGCCCCCGACUCCUCCCCAGGAGAGAGGAAAUGAGAUGGAGGCAGGAGGAGGAGGAGCAGCAGGAGGAGCAGGAGCAGGAGCAGGAGCAGGAGGAGGAGCAGCAGGAGCAUCUGUGGUGACAAUGGCGACAACAGGAGGAGGAGGAGGAGGAGGAGGAGGAGGAGGAGGAAGUGGAGGCAGCGGAGGUGGUAGUGGUGGAGGAGUGGAGGACUGGGAGGAGAGGGACAGGGACACUCCUCUCCGCCAACUAGAAGCUGUGGAGGGAGAAGAGAGGGACGGAGCAAGGGCGCCCCGUGCCAUCGACAACCAGUACUCCUUCUUCUGAUGAAGGGAAGAACAGGAGGGGGAGGCGGAGUGUGUAUGUGUGUUUGUGUUUGAGUGUGUGUGUGCGUGAGCGAACGUGAGAUUGGAUGAGGCGGCGUACAUCAUAGCCAUUCAUAACCAGUAUUUUUCUUUUGUUAGCAAGGUGGAGGAGAAGCGGAGGAGGUGGAGGAGGAGGUGUAAAAGUACUAACACUAUACGAGAGAGAGAGAGAAGACUAAGCAGAUGGAGAGACGGGUGAGAGCAGCUUUACAACACUAACUAUAGCGGUACAUUUCUUUUAUUAUUAUUAUUUUUUAGUCAGAUAAGCUUUGUUUUUGCCGGUACGACUCACAGCAGCAGGCUCUUUCUCAUACAUGAACAGCAGUGAGAGCUCGAGCGCUGUGAAGCCAGCAGUCCUGAUACCUCACAGUGGUCCUGCCAAGACAGCACACGCUAGCCAGAGGCCAAACAUGCUCUACAGACAUCUGUACUGUGGCAGGUAGACCCAAAACCUUUACUCUCUCUUCUACAGAGAUCAUGUCACAGCAACCUCCAUUCAAAAGGUUAUACAAGUUUAGAGGUUCUACAUGUAACGUUAUCACAUUAUUAUUAAUGUUACUACAAGAUGACACUCACGUCUGAUUGGAAGACCAAACCAACUUGUGAAUGUGAAUGUUAAAAUAAACACAUUAUGUUGUUGAAUGUAUAAUAAUAGUAUGAACACUAAUAUUGAUUUAAAUAUGUUUUCAUUUAUCAAGCGAACAACAUUUUACUAGAUCAGGAUUCUGAAGUGUGAUAAUUUGCUGCUUUACUUUGUUUUACAUGAUUGUAAAUUUAAUAUCUUUAGACUUUUGUUUCGGAUGAAACAUUUUGAAGACUACACCUACAGCUACAACUCUGUUAUUAAUUUUGAUGGACAUUUUAAGAUUAGUUCAGUCUUGAAACCUUAUCCUUCUGAUGACGCGGCAAGGGCCAAUAUAUCAGGCUAAUCUGGUAUAGCCAGCAGAUAUCCUGGUCAAGACUGCCUUUUCCAUGCAGCGGCCAUUUUAACUAUGUCUAUAAAGAAAUAUCUACAUAUGAAAGGUCAGUUAAACAUCUGCCAUCUUAGCCGAAGGAACAGAGUGGCAGGCCCAACAUUCAGCUCUAAGCCGUUAAACUUCCCAACAAACUCACACUGACACCAAAACGGCUUGAUUCUGACGUUAAAAGCCUUUACUACUAACCCCUGGGUAAUGUUAGCUAUGUAAUGCUUACAGUUAGUCUUGUCACUGUGUAUGUGUGACUGGAUGGACUUUCACAGUUGUUGCCAGCAUGAAGCUCACACUCCCACAACAGCAGCUACAACCCAUAUAGUCUGUGGUGUGGUGAAAUUGAAAGAGUUGGACGUUCAGUGUGCUGAGAUGCCACCAAAAUGUUCAAAAAAUAUUACUAAACAAGACUUCAUGCCUGUCACAUUAUGGGUAUUGAAUGAAGUGCUCUGUUGGAAUUAAAAUUAGCAGUAUUUUUUUCAAAUAAUAGCAAGCCCUGAUUGAAAUGCAGAUAUAUUAUCAAAAAAAGCUGAUAAGGGAUAAGGUUUCAAGACUGAACUAAUCUUAAAAUGUCCAUCAAAACUUCGUCGUGAGACAGCCAAUGGGUUCUGGGAUGGCAUUUCAGCCAAUGCAUUACGCCUCUCCACAUGGACUGUUGACCUGCUGUUCAAAUGUAACUAGUAAAUACUACUCGGACUACAAACUGACUGCAAACAGAAACCAGAAAACUUUGGAUACCAAAAUCUUAUCCCAUCACCUACAGAUUAAGUAUACAAAUGUGUACAUAUGUAGAAAUCUAUUCAAAAAUUCACCCCAGUUUCACUUUCACUGUGCCUGCCAAUGUGCUGCUCCAUCUGUGCCCAGAGUAUGCUCUGCGCUGCGAGUGUGGUGCAGUCAGUAACCGAACAGUAUAUAUAUUCCAACAAGUAACAAAAUAAAAAGAAAUCUAUGGAUUAAUUGAUAACCAAAAUAACCAAUAGCUGCAGCUUCAUUAGUGGAACAAGAUUGUGGGCAGAUUAAAAUUUUUUAUAAGGGAUAUAAUUGUAUAAAAGUUUAUCUACAAACACGAUUUCCAGGCAACAUUAAAUUGACAUAUUUUUCAAUGGAGUUUGGUUUGACGUCUCAACACAACAGAGUAAUAUUUUGGGUCUAAGUGGCACAUGAAGUAGAGCAGGCAGGAAACAUUUACCUCAGUCACACUCAGCAGCAUCACUCAGUAAAUGUCUCUUCUUUCUCUCUCUCUCUCUCUGUUUCUCUCUGAUGUUAAGAAAAAAAAACUAAACUGGGAGAGAAAUUAUUGAUGAUACCAAUAACAAUAAUAUUGAUGGAAAUAAUAAUAAUAAUAAUAAUGAUAAUUAUGACGGUCAGAAUAAUAGUAUUAAUUUUAUUUUUGUUUUUAAGACACCUUUUUAUUUUGUAUGCUUACUCCAUGUAACAGUUGUUCCGGCUCCAUCUUGUAAUUGAAAAUGUGUUUGUGCCUUUUUUUAUUUUUGGGAUAAAAAGAAGGAAACAAAAAAUAUAUAUAAGAUUUGCUAUAAUGCCUCAUUCUCAAGGUUACAGUAUCCUCACUCUCUUUUCAUGCUGUCUUCUCCUCCUCAACCUCAUCCUCCAUUCAUCAAGGGUUAAAAAAACAAAAAAGAGUAUACAAUUAGCAGAAAAUGUCAAUGAAAACACCUACUUUUUCUACUUGUGCCUUUCUGUGUCUGUCGUCUUCGUCAUCAGCCUGCAUCUGUGUUGCUCUGUCUUCGCUCAUCAUUCACUUUAGAGCUUGCCUGUUUCUUUACGCACCACAUAACCCACCCCGUCAUUUCUACCAGUCUUUUCUUUGCUCAUGUAUUUGUCUAUAUGCACCUCAACCCCCCCACACCCGAACCUCGCUUAAUCAUCAUGUUCAAUGUUGUUUUCUCGGUUUCAAAACUCUUUGUGCCUUUCUCUGUCUCUUUUCUCUCUUUGCUGGGACCGUGUGUUGAGGGCGGGCAGUGUUGUCUGUCCACCCUGUGUGGUUAGUUUCAGGUACUACAUUGAAUUUAAUGAUAUAAUAUAAAUAUAGUGAAACAUACAA